UAGGAUCCGUAUCGGAUCCAAUUACUUAAUACAUCGGAGUCGGACGGAUCACGACUAUGAAGUCGCAUCACAAUCCACAACCUUUAGGAAAUCGUAGACGACUCACUGAGAUUGUUUGUUUGUUUUUGGACGCAAAUUUCAAGAACCACCCCCUUUUCGCUUCAUGGGUUUUCAAGGGUUUUUAGUGUUGGGAAGAAAGAUUCAGUGACUGACGCUGACGAACCUAAACGGAAUGGCUCAAAGCGAUCUUGAGUUUUUCAAAGUCUAUCUACCUGAGUUCAGCGCUCAACAUAUGUGUAUACCACCAGAUUUUGUUGGGCUUUUGAAGGGAACCAUAACAGCCGAUGCUACCCUCAGAGAUUUUGCGGGAAAGAAUUGGAAGGUGAGGCUUGAAGAAGAUGAGAAAGGUUUGUUUAUAAAAAAAGGUUGGCAGGAAUUUGCCAGUGAUCACUCUUUGAAAUUUGGGGAUUUCCUCAUUUUCAAUUUUGAUGGCAAGCGCCAAUUUGAUGUGAAGAUAUUUGGUACAAAUGGAUGCUUAAAGAAAGAUGUUCUAUGUGAUGCCUUGCCAAAAACUCACUUACAGAAGGAAGCCGGGAAAAUCCCAGAACCGACGAGUAACUGGAAGAGGAAGAACUUCGAAAAUGGCUCCAAGACUAGUGAGAAAUCGGGCGGUUUAUCGGGAGUAAAAUGCAAAAGAUACACCACUGUGGAGAGUCUCCAACGAAGUGAUGUGUGUAAAUAUGCAUCGCUUGUUGUACCAGAAAACCCACACUUUGUGUCAACAUUGGCUAAAGUAUUUUCUACUCUGUAUAUUCCCAGGUUAAUGCUGCAAGAGUAUCGCAUAACACUGAACAAAAUUGUCGAGAUUCGCGAUGAAAAUGGGAGAAUAUGGCCUGUUCGUAUUAAUCACAGGAAGGAUGGCAGAGUUCUUCUUGCUGCCGGUUGGGGAAAUUUCCGAAAAUUCCACAAACUAGUAUUGAAAGACAAGUUAAUCAUUGAGUUAAUUGUUGAUGGUACAAGGAAAUGCCAUCAAAUGCGGGUGCAAGUUCUUCGUCAUAAAUAGGACCUCUGCUGAAGUAGAUCCCAUGUCUCCGGGCACCGUUGGAAUGAAAGAUGAAUUGGUCGUGUAGAAUCUAAACCUCAAUUUCUGGAUAUAUGAGUGAGGAAAUGGAGUUGAAAAUGUAGAUGGGAUACUGAUAAUCUGAUAGGUAAAGGUAGACCAAAGUUGAUGUGGUUUGAACUAGGUGUAAUGCAUUUGGACUCAAAAAACAUAGGAAAAGGAUUUUAUUGCUGAACUAAACUAGUUGCAGUUUGGGGUUAAGGUUUUUGAGUUUUGAGCUGGUUGAAUAUCUUGAAGUUAAGGAUUGAACUCUCAGUUCCCUGUUGAUA